GGGAGGGUGUAACUUAACUUUAGCUGUAACAGGAAACUGUACCUUCACCAUUCUAGUCGCUAAGUUUGGCCUUCCAUAAAUAGUGCUCCAUUUUUUUUUCUACAGCUACAACUGUAAACAGUUAACGCUAAUGUGCAUUUGAAAUAGUUCUGAAUCUUACAUCUGUUUGUAUAUAUGCCCAUAGGUAGUCCUUUAAUUUACUGACAUCUUGCUAUUGUUUAUGUCGGUUUUAGAUUAUGAACGUGAUUGAAAAUUACACCCUGAGCCUGCAUUGUUCAAUUUCUGCCUUGCAGGGUCAGACCUUGUGGCCUUGUCGUGGGUGGUUCCCUAUAUUUUUACUUGUGAAAUUAGGUGAGAAUGUCCCAACUUCAGCCAGGCCCUUUUGCUUUUUUGUGUGCAACUGCAGCACAGCUUUUCAUCUUUAGUGAAGAAAACCCUUUGAUACCUGUGGCGUCUUGGUUUCAGUUCAUGGAAUGCCAACAAGAAGGAAGAUUCAGAAUCACUCCUCUCAGCUGAACCUCAUCAUCUUCUGGAAGACAGAAUUUAAAUAUUAGAAUGAGAAACUAAAAAACUAGAAUCUGGUGUUUGCAAGUGACUUCUGGAGUGGGAUAUGGUAUACGCUUCUGGGAGUCCCUGGAAGCCUGUUGUACUUGCCACGUUUACAGUAUACAUGAAGCUCAAGAUCUGAACCUGCUAUGACUGACCCAGAUGUCCUCACUGAAGUCCCAGCAGCUCUCAAACGCCUUGCCAAAUAUGUGGUGCGUGGCUUUUAUGGCAUUGAACAUGCUUUGGCUCUGGACAUUCUCAUCAGGAACCCCUGUGUGAAGGAAGAGGACAUGUUAGAGCUUCUGAAGUUUGAUAGGAAGCAGUUGCGAGCUGUCCUCAACACCCUCAAGGGUGACAAGUUCAUCAAAUGCAGGAUGAGGGUAGAGACAGCUCCAGAUGGCAAAACCACCCGUCAUAACUACUACUUCAUCAACUACCGCCUUCUGGUUAAUGUGGUGAAGUACAAGCUGGACCACAUGAGGAGGAGGAUUGAGACGGAUGAAAGAGACUCCACCAAUCGCGCCUCUUUUAAAUGCCCCAUUUGCUUCAGCACUUUCACAGACUUGGAGGCCAACCAGCUGUUUGACCCCAGAACAGGAACUUUCCGCUGUACUUUCUGCGAGACUGAAGUGGAAGAAGAUGAGUCGGCGAUGCCCAAAAAGGAUGCAAGGACACUCGUGGCAAGAUUUAAUGAGCAGAUUGAGCCCAUCUAUGCGCUGCUUCGUGAGACGGAAGAUGUUAACUUAGCCUAUGAAAUCCUCGAGCCAGAACCCACAGAAAUUCCUGCCCUGAAGCAGAGCAAGGAGCGUGCAGCUGGUACUGGUUCAGGGACAGCAGCUGGCCUUGCAGGUGGCCACCAUCGGGAAGCAUGGACUACAAAAGGACCAUCAUAUGAGGACUUGUAUACCCAGAACGUUGUCAUCAGCAUGGAGGACCAGGAGGAUCUUAACCGGUCUGCAAGUGAAGGAAAGCCAGCCAGAGAGAGACCAAUUUGGCUGCGGGAGAGCACGGUGCAGGGGGCUUAUGACCCCGAUGAAAUCAAAGACGGGGGCCGGGAUCUGGAUACCUUCCAGGAGCGUGAGGAGGGCCGGGCAGCUCUGGAUGAUAAUGAGGAGGUGAUGCGUGCCCUGCUUAUCCAUGAGAAGAAGACACCUUCUGCUUCGACAGUCACUGUCGGAGGUGCCGCUCCUCUCUCCGGUGCCAACGCUAGUGACUCCGAGAGCGAGACAAGCGAGUCGGAAGAGGAAUCCCCUCCCCGCCCUGCUGCCACGGCCACCACAACGUAUGGGCUGGAGGAUGAGGAGGAGGACGAAGAGUUUGAGGUGGUGGCAGAGGACCCCACUGUCACAGUGGCCGGGCGUCCGCACUCUUACAGCCAAGUAAGCCAGCGCCCUGAGCUGGUGGCCCAGAUGACGCCGGAAGAAAAAGAGGUUUACAUAGCCAUGGGGCGACGCAUGUUUGAGGAUAUGUUUGAUUAACCUUUUCUUGCCAUGGCAUUUUUUAAAAAGUGACUUUUUAAGCCAGAGACUCCCUAGUAAAACAGAAGACUGAAGUGCAUCUUUCCUCCCCUGGGCGCAGGGACACUGGGGCUCGGGACUGCUAGUCUCAGGCAUCUUGUCCACCAGAGAGGGGGAGCAGGAAGGCUUCAUGUGCCAAAACAGGUAGGGGAGGACAAGUCUCAGAAGUGAGGAUGCUUCAAAGGUAAAAAUCUGCUUCAGGGUGCCCUGCACCAGGCACUGCUUUAACCCUCUCCAAGGCCCCAGCAGCUGCCUCCCCCCCGAUUGCUUUGGGUUGAUUUUUGUUGCAGAUCCUAAUGAAGCCCACAUCCCUGCCCUCAGGGGACAUAAGGGCUCUGUAGUCUGAUCAGAGUGCUCUGCAGAGGAGGGUGUGAGUGAUGUUACAGUUGCCUGUGCUCUGUGAGGGGAGAGGGAAGCACUGUCUGCUGAUGGCAAGCUUGGGCAGGGCUUGUAGCUGACCUCCUGCCAGCAGCCACUGGCCACCGGAGUGGCCAUUUCUAAGCAGGCCUGUAGGCAGCAACCUUUUCUUGCUCCCAUUUGCUCCUUACCGUAUCUCAGCACCUCAAGGUCAGGCGUAACUCAAAACACGCAGCAUGAAAGCCUUGGCGAGCAUGCACAGUCACACUCUGUCAGUGUAACUAAAGCCCUCCACGGAUCUGAGCUGUCAGAGCACUCUGACUUACCAGGAGAUACCUUCAUUUUCCAGUAUUGCUGCCUGUUGCUUCUGCCUAGCCCUGUCCAGACUCCAGUGUUGCAGACGGAUGGUUCGUAGUGGGCAGAGCCGCAGUCAGGCAGCGCCAGAGAAACAGCAUAGCUAGUUUUUAUUUGCAGUCACACCAGGGCUGUAUCAUUUUAACAGGAAUUAUGCAAUCUUGAAUUCUGCUUUGGCACACUCUUUUACCAUAGAAAAACAUUUAUCAGUGCCUACAGAGCAAUAUCAAAUUUUUAAUGUUUUCCAGUUGAAAAUGUUGUUUUUCUAAAUUGUUGUGUUUUCCUAUCCAGUACUACAAUAAAAUAAAAUGAUAAAAGAAUUCUGUGUUCCAGAGGGUAGGGGCAGUGUUACGUGCUGUUCCAUUUACAUAGGCAGCAUCAAUUUGCUGUUCACUGAGGCUGUAAAUCUGUUUUAUACUAACCAACUAUGCUUUCUAUGUUCUGCUAACCUUGUCAUGCCUCCUUUGUGGUUUUAUUUUCAGCUUCCCAAUACUUUGAAUCCCCUCUUUUUU